AUGACCCAAUGCACCAUCCCUCAAGCGAUCCCGGACGUUCUAAGGAUCUACUCCAGAGCGGGUGAGGACCUCCGUCACGCCUCGUUCCGCAGGAUCGUGGUCAGCACCUGCUCCAGCGCCGGAAUGUUCCACAAUGUGGGACUGCAAGUUGGACAUUUUACUCACAUAUUUUUGGAUGAAGCCGGUCAGGCCACGGAGCCAGAAGCCCUGAUCCCCAUAAGUCUCGUGUCUGAGGUUGACGGACAGAUAGUCCUGGCUGGAGAUCCUCGUCAGCUGGGGCCAGUGGUGAAGUCCAAAAUGGCGUCUACGUUUGGUCUGGGUGUUUCUCUGCUGGAGCGACUCAUGGCCAACCCUCUGUAUGUGCGGCACGACUGGGGCUACAACCCUCGGCUGGUAACUAAACUGGUCCAUAACUACCGCUCGCAUAAGGCUCUGCUGACGCUGCCGUCCAAACUCUUCUACGACGGAGAGCUGUGUGUGAGAGCGCCCCCUGCUGUCGUCCAGUCUCUCUGCCAAUGGAAAACUCUGCCCAAGAAAGGAUUUCCUCUGCUCUUUCACGGAGUCAGGGGCACAGAAAUGAGAGAAGGAAGUAACCCGUCCUGGUUCAACCCUGUGGAGGCUGUUCAGGUGAUGCUCUACUGCUGCCAGCUCGCAAAGAAGCUCUACAACCCUGUGAACGCCUUGGACAUCGGCAUCAUCGCCCCCUACAGGAAACAGUCAGAGAAGAUCCGGGUGCUGCUCAGUAAGGUCGGCCUGUCUGACAUCAAAGUUGGAUCUGUGGAGGAGUUUCAAGGACAAGAGUAUCUGGUCAUCAUCCUGUCCACGGUCCGUUCUAAUGAAUCCGUGUCCGCUGACGACUUGCAAAGCUCUCUCGGUUUCUUGAGCAAUCCCAAACGCUUCAACGUGGCCAUCACUCGAGCCAAGGCCUUGCUCAUCAUCGUUGGAAAUCCUCACAUCCUCAUUCAGGACCCGUGCUUCCGGUCUCUUCUGGAAUACAGCUUCAUCAACGGUGCAUAUCUGGGCUGUGAUCCGCCCUCGUGCCUCAAAGAGACUCCAGUAUUUACUGAAGCUGCCAGUUCCUGA